GCGAGAGUUCUCCGACUUCAGUCAACUGCAGUCUCCGGUUUGGUGAAGACGGUUUUAGCAAGUGUUUCUGUGCGCAUGCGCGCAUUUAACACUCUGAUUGCAAGAAAUAUUAUCUCCCUUGUGGUGUGUCAAAGUCACAAAAUAAUUCAUAUACUCUGUAUAAUCUUUUGGACUAUUUGAUAAAUCUGCCUUAUGCAUAAUGUGGUAAUCGCAUGUAAUUCAGCGCUAAGAAAGCCACCAGAUUGAGCGCCGGCUCUCAGAUUUAUUUUUGCCAGAGCGUUUUAUUUUCGUUUGGAGGCGCCUAUAAUCACUUUUGCUCCCUGCAAAUUCUCUAUUAUAUAUUUUUUUUGUCGUCGACGCGUAACAAACUGUUCAUAUCGAAUGACUGUGAGACAAAACUUUGGAUGAGUGAUAUUAUUAAUUAUUCUACGGAUUCGCACAUUUUUCCUUCCGUCUGGCAAAAACGCGCAAAAGUGCCGACGAAUGAGUCAUUUUGCCUUGCACACCCAACUAUUGAAAAAAAAAGAAGAAAUAGUGUAAUUUUUGUGGAGAAAUUUUUUGGGUAAAACAACCUGAAUUUUUAUCAUAGAGCUUAUCAAUUGUGUGGACAGAAAAGUGCUAUUCUUCUCACUUACUUUUUUUUUCGUCGACCAUUCACCAAACACGAUAAGUCACUAUCAGUGACGAGACUUGCGAGAUUGAUUGGUUGAUAAGGAUCUGCGAAAAUAAGCAAAAAUGGCCACUGUACUACUCGAGGCACGUCCAUAUCGCCCUUUCAAAUCCAGUGAGGAAUACCUCUACGCUAUGCGGGAAGAUUUAGCUGAAUGGCUAAAUACCAUGUAUCCGGAAUUGCGAAUAAAUGUGGACAACUUUAUGGAUCGUCUGGAUACAGGAGUGGCUCUCUGCAAACAUGCCAAUAAUGUACGGAGUGCAGCCGAAGAGUACCUGGCGAGACGACAGGCGCGAAAUAAGUCCAUGACAAAAUCAAUGACUUCAGGAUUGGCUGGACCCAUCCUGGCCAUGGGAAAUGUUCACUUUCUACCAGCAGCAAAGAGUGGGACCUUCUUCGCCCGCGACAAUGUUUCCAAUUUUAUUGCAUGGUGCCGAAAAAGCCUUCAAAUCUUUGAGUGCCUCCUAUUCGAAACGGACGACCUAAUAAUGCGAAAGAACGAGAAGCACGUGAUACUGUGCUUGUUGGAAGUGGCAAGACGUGGUGCUAAAUUCGGAAUGCUGGCUCCCAUGUUGGUUCAAAUGGAACGCCAGAUCGAUCGAGAGAUUGCGGCUGAUAACAAGGCGAUGGGAAUGUCAUCGGUGGGAUGUGGUACGCAAACAGAGAAUGGUGUCAAUUCAAUAUCAGUUGGCACGGAUGGAAACGAUAUGUUUGACUCAGACUCUGAGGAUGAGGAUGAAAACAGCGGACCAAUGUUGAUGUAUGGUCCACAGCCACAAAUUAUCACCAAUGACUUGAAGAGCCUGGAUGAGAUGGUUCGAGAUCUCGUGGAGAAAUGCACAUGUCCAUCGCAAUUUCCAAUGGUGAGAGUGUCAGAGGGCAAAUAUCGCAUUGGAGACACCAAAGUGCUCAUUUUCGUCCGGAUUCUCCGGUCUCAUGUGAUGGUGCGCGUGGGUGGCGGAUGGGACACCCUUUCUCACUACCUCGACAAGCAUGAUCCCUGCCGGUGCCGCGCACAGCAUCGAUCAUCUGUGGCAGCGCGCUUGAUCACGAGAACUAAUGCCGCAACCAACGGAAUAGAGCUUCAUCGUGCUCAAGUCUUUUACGAGAGAUCACCGCCAGUUGUUCGCAAGCAGGCCACAGCUAUCUCCAGUUCUGGCCAAGCACAGCAGCCAUCGCAUACACCGUCAAAUGGAUUCAUUAGCACAUUAUCGCCGCCCGGAGGGAAUCACAAUCGCAGCCGGAGUCCGACACCACAGAAGAAGAACUUGGUGGAGAAUUCACAGUCACCUGAAAAAUUCGUGGUGUCACCUGAGACCAGGCGAUCAAUGUCACCUGGGGCAAGGCGUCUUACGGACAUGCGGCGAAAGCAGACAUCGCUGGACUCGUGUCAAUCACCAGUGGGAACAGCAUCCCCGAUCAUUGAGCUGGAUGAUCAGAAAGACGAUACCAAAAGUGGAUCAGUGGAGAGCAGUGGGGGUAAUAGUGGGACGGAUUCGUCGGUGAAGUUUGAGAAUAUCAGCGACAACGGGAGUGAGAUCAGUGAUGAAGGUUACCGUAGUUUGGGACUCAUUCAGGGGACUAAUGGCAAUGGUGGAGUCUCGAAGAGGACAUCGCUCCACAGUCAAGUGUCGAAUGAAGACGCAGAGCUUAGUGCGCGUUUCGAUCAGGCAUCCAAUGACUCCCAAGUCUCCCCUAGUGAGGAACCCAGUACAAAGACAGCUGAAAGCAGCGAAUCUGCCACUGCCCCAGUUGCUGAUGAACUGGACACCAGGACACCAGCUACAACUCCCGAUGGACGCAAUAGCUUUGAGAAAUCGGGCAUUUUUAUCACCGAAGACGAGAUAACAGUAGACAUUGCCAGUGCAACUGGCCUCAGAAAGACUGGCUUUUCGGAUAAUCUCUAUGAUGAUGGUCAGAAGAAGCCUGUGAGUCGAAUUCCGCGAUCACCAAUGGCCACGAGGCGAAAGAGUGCUGAAAAUAGUGGUGAAAUUGUCACAGGAUUGCCUCUGGUAGCCAGAAAAACUCCAGUAUAUCGGAGUGUGAGGAAGACAACGCCAGUGAAGGAGACUACAGCCACAGAGAAGAAUACAUGGAAUGGGCGUGAGACGAAGAAGAGGUCAUCUUUGACAACAGAAACUUUUACACCACCUUCGAGAUCGGCCAGCAGCACAAGUCCGUUUCACAGGAAUUCAACGGGAACGAGGGUAUCUGGACAGUAUGAUAAGAAUGGACGUCGAAUGAAAUCGACAUCCCUUACGACAUCCCCAGUGAAGACUGCUACAUCACCAUUGGCACAGCAGAUCCUACAGGCGGCGGGUAGUGCUAAGAGUGAUUCGCAGAUUUUGGAGAAGAUGCGUCAGCUUCUGCUCAAGUAUGAGAGGGAAAAUAGUGUUACGGGUGAGUAUGAGAGUUUGGAUCUCACUACAGCAUGGGUAAAUAGCAAUGGAGCAUUGGAUCGUGCCGGAAGUGGCCCAACCAAGGUCACUGUAACAUCAAAGAAAUCCACUGGGUCUACAAUCUCGUCCACUGAGAGUGCCUCGGGUGUUGCAUCACCAACACCACGCCGUGAUCGUGGAAUCAGCCGAAUUCCGGCUCCUGUCAGACAGACCACAGAUCUCUACUGACCGAGAGUGUGUCACUGAUAAAGUGCCGGGGGUUGAAUAUUGGUUGAGAAGGAGAGAGAGAGAAAGAAGUUUAAAAGUUUUCUCUCAUUAGUCCGCACAAAAUGCCAUCCCGGAGGAGUUUGAGUGAAAAAACAAAAGGAAACUGAGAGCCGUCUGAAUCUGCCAAUGAUGGGUGAAAUCAAUUUCUUCCCGCAAGAAAUGCUCCAAAUUUAAUUGAAAAAAAAAGAAAAAGAAAAAGAGAAAAGCUGCAAUACCAGAAGCCGACAUUGGUAAAAGCCUAAAAGAUACUCCCUCGCACCUGCGCUGACCUUAUGAAAAUUCCAUUUUAUGCUGCAAAAAAAAUCCUUUUGUUUGCAAUUGAAGAAAUUUCACUGCUGGCAAAGUAGCAGCAACUGCUUAAGUUGUCUUUUGCUGAUAAUUAAAAAUCCCAUUGACCAUAAAGGCAGUCAAAAAUUGGUUCGUGUGCGAUUGCAAAUGAUAGUGAUCUUGACAUCUUGAUCGUGUAUUAUUUUCCCAAUGGUCGAGAUGAGGAGGAGGAGGAGGAGGUUUUUUUGGCGGCAAGUGGGCGCAGAAAAGAUACCGCCUGGAGGCGCAGAUCAUUAAAAAUAUAAGUAAGAAAAAGAAGUCACGUUAAUUGUGUGCUUUGCAAGGAGAGGAGAUGGUUAAUUUUUUGGCAUUUCUUCUAUAAGAGUUUAAAAAAAAGAAAAACUUGAUCAUACAAUGAUUUUUAUUAUAUCACAGCAAUUCACUUCAAGUGAUUUUCACCUGAAAUAUUUUUAUUACUUAUAAAUUAAUUGAAUGAAAAAAAAAUAUGCAAAAAUUUCGAUAUUUUAUAUUGAGUAGUUGAACCAUGCAAAUUCUAAAAUUAAAAAAGAGAAAAAGAUAUCCAUAGCAUUUUGUGUGCAUAUCUUCAUUUCCACUUUUGCAACAAAUCAAAGAGUUGUUGCAGCAAAACAAAAAAAAAGAAAGAAA